AUGUUUCAGAUUUUGGAUUAUCUAGACCAAUCAAUGAAAAAAAAUUCAGAUAAUAAAAUAUAUGGAGUAUUAUCAUAUAUUGCUCCAGAAGUUUUGAAUGGUGACCCAUAUACAACAUCUUCUGAUAUUUAUAGUUUUGGUGUAGUUAUGGCUGAAUUAUCAUCUGGAAAACCACCUUUUUAUGAAAGAAAACAUGGGUUGAGUUUAGCAUUAGAAAUAUGUAAUGGAUUCAGACCAGAAUUUGGUAAAGGAACCCCUGAAAUUUAUAAAAAAUUGUUAUAUAUGAAUGAAUACGACAAAGAUUAACAACUAAUUAAUUACAUACUAUGUUAUAUUAUUGUAUUUUUAAUAUUAAAAAACUUCAAUGCCCUGAAGAUUUCAAGAACGAAUUAGAACAUUUUGCAUUUACGUGAUUAGUAUUUAUUUAUAUUUGAUUUAACAUAAUGUUGUUUAAAUCUUUCUACUUGUAUAUUGAUUUUUAUUCCCUAUAAAAAAUUUUUAUCCGAAUAUUUCCAUUAUUUCUCCGUGUCUUCCGUAAAAAUUCCGUGAAAAUGAUACAUUCACGGA